AUGGAAGAACAGAAAGAUGCGAAAUUAUUUAGAACAAUUUCUGUUGAUCAAGAAGAAGAAAUAAUUCUUCAUCAUGUUGAUUCGAACAAUUAUAUGAAUGAAGUUAAAUUAUUUAUUCAAAGUGAUGCUAUGAGUACUAUGAGUAGUAAUACUACUACCAAUUUAUCUUCAUCUUCAAAAUUACUAACGGACGAUCAUCAUGAUGAUGAAAAUAAUUCAACAUGUACAAUUAAUAAUAAUCUAAAUAAUACAACUACAACAAUAACAAAUUCAGCAACUACAACAAUAUCAUCACAGGAAAAUAAUAAUUUAAAUAUUAUUGAUGCAUCAACAACAUCAUCAGAAAAUUCCGAAUUAUUUAAUGUAUUACCUGAUGAUAAUAAUAAUUAUCAGAUGCAACAGAUCAAGUCGGAAUCGCCUAGAGUUUCAACUGUUAUUGAAACAAAAGUAACGAUUUCUACUCAAUCAGCAGCUGAGGAUGAUCAUCAGGAAGAAGAGAAUGAUGAACAUGCUAUUGAUGAUCCAAUGCAGGAAUCACCAGCAAAACCACAACAGGAUAAUGUACAGCAGAAUAAUAGUAACUUGUCACCGUUUGAAUUAAUGAUGGCCAAGUUGGAAUCAAACAAGAGUGCAACAAGUAAAUUAAUUUUCAAAAGGAAGAAUGUUGAUUUGUUGGGAGAGUCAACUAGUUCGGCAUUUCAACCACAGGCAUCGAGCUCAAUGGAUAGUUCAAACCCGAUUGUGGAAUCGGAUGGUGUUGGAUUGAUUGGUGAAUCUCCUGGAUUGGAAGAUGAACAUCUACUACUCAACAACUUCAGUGUACAACAAACGUUAUUUGGAGCUGGCAAAAUGGAGCUAAUUGGAAAUUGUACGAUAGAAUUUCACACCAAAUCGAACAAGGUUAUAAAAUACGACAGAGAUCAAGUCCUCCGAAUAACUCUCAACAAUGGCUUUUAUCUACAAUAUGCUGAUGAUAAAUUUAAAAAAGAUAAAGAUCUUGUGUUACAGGUAAUUUCUCGGUACGGAAGGGGACUCGAAUUCGUAGACGAAUCCCUGAAAAAAGAUAAGGAGGUUGUUCUUGCAGCUGUCAAACACGAUGGCUUUGCACUUAAAUUUGCUCAUCAUUCAUUGAAAAAAGAUAGAACAAUAGUUUGGGAAGCAAUUUCACAAAAUGGAAAUGCUCUUCGUUUCGCUGAUGCAAUAUUUCAAAAUGAUAGAGAAAUUGUGUUGCGAUCGGUGAGAAUCGCUGGCGGAGCAUUACAACAUGCCAGUGAUUUGUUAAAAGUGGAUCAUCUAGUUGUGUUUGAAGCAGUCAAACAGAGUGGACAUGCUAUUCAAUUUGCGCACUCAUCAUUUAAGAAAGAUAGAGAGCUGGCAUUGAAAUGUUGUAAAAUAGGAGAUAAUUCAUUUGAAUAUGUAGAUGGAUCAUUCAAGAAAGAAAGAGAGUUCGUAUUGGAAUCUGUUAAAAGUUUUGGAACAGCUCUUUUGCAUGUACAUGAACCAUUUAAAAAAGAUAAGGAAAUAGUUUUUGAAGCUAUCAAACAAAGUCCAAGUGCAUUCUUCAGUGCUGAUGAUUCAUUUAGGAAGAAAGACAGAGAAUUUAUAUUGAAAGUCGCCAAGUGUGAUGAGGGUGCAAUUUAUUGGACAGAUUAUUCUAUCCAAUCAGAGACAUUAUUUGCAUUUAUCUACUCGUUUAGCUUGAAAGCUGAUCAAAAAGAAUGGAUAAAGGGUCUAAAUUCAACGCUAUACGAAAAUAUCGAGAAAGCCAAGGCUGAAUCAAUUCAGACAUGUUUAUCUAGAGAUGUUAUUGGAAUGUAUUCGAACAAGUUUUCUGAGGAAGCUUAUUUAUUUUGUUGCUUGGCUUUACCAGACACUUAUCCUAAACCUGUAGGAAAUAUAUUCAAUUUCAAUCAAUCGUAUUCUAGUCAAUUUGUGGAAAAACUGAUUAUUGUACAAAUUUUGAAGAGUAUUAGUUCAUUGGAUUCAACUUGCAGCGCAUCUGUCAGUAAGACAAUAGAUUAUUACUUGUUUUUAUUCAAGUUAGACAGAUUUUUAGACGAAUCUAAUGUUAAAUCAACCAAUUAUUCCAAGCUUGGAUCUGUUGUUAUGGAAAUUUCAUCAAAGUUUGAAACAUCAUAUUACUCAAAAACUGAUAUUGGAAUUGCAUUAUUAUUUUUCAAAGAUUGGAUCAGCAGAUUUAAACAUUUCGAUGAUCACCGAGAGACAUUAGCUCAAUACAAGCAAGUUGGAGGUGAUUUCUCAAAAAUUAUGCGAGUUAUCACGCAAUUUCAUUACUAUUCAAAUAAUGAUUAUGAUGUUGUUUCAGUACUAGGAUAUGGAGGCGAAGGAGCUGCUUUUAAAGCAUUUAGUAAGAAAUUGAAUGAAUUGGUGGCCAUCAAAAUCAAAUUUGAGAAGGAAGAUGAAAAAAGCAGCGAGGAAAGAAUUCAAUUUAUCAGGAGAAAUGAUAUUGAAGGUAAAAUCAAAUGCCACGAUUGUAAUUUGAUUGAUGGUUACAUGUAUUCUAUCAUGGAAUUGGGAGAAGAGACAUUAUCUGAUUAUAUUGAUAGAAAUAGAACUUAUUAUCAAAAUAAGCAAUAUUCGAAAGAGCAUUUUAUUGAGAUUCUAAUAAUAUUUAACAAGAUUUUACAAGCAGUCAAAUCAAUUCAUGACCAUAAUAUUUCACAUAGAGAUUUGGAUCCUAAAAAUGUAGUCAAAGUGAAAGAUCGUUACAAAAUUAUUGACUUUGAUAUUGCAAAGGUCAUCAAAACAGGUAAUUCUAUCACCCUAACUGUUGGAAAAUUUGCAUACAUGUCACCAGAAGUGUCACACGACAAUUACAGCGAGGAAAUGCUCAAUAACGAAGACAAGCUUUCAAAUAAUAUUGGAAAUGUCACAACAUCAUGUGAUAUCUUCUCAUUGGGAUGUAUUUUAUUGAAACUCUUAACAAACUGUAGUUUGAGAUUGGAUAGAGAAUUCGUAACUGUUAUCAACAACUUUGAGAAAUAUGAUGGAAAUUAUCAAUACUUUACAGAUAAUGGAUUUUAUUUCUAUUCAAUAUUGAUUGAUUUGUUAAAGGAAAAGAAAUUACAUCACGCCAUUCAACAGACAGUGAACCAGUUCGUGGAUCCUGAAUGGGAAGUUAAUGAAAUACUUAUCAAGUGUUUAAUAACAAUGAUUCAAAAGGAUCCAACUCAAAGAUUAGAUUGUUUCAUACAUAGUAAUGUCCUUACAAAGGUAAUCGAUUUUUUAAAAGGUGAAAACAACAUGACACUUAACCAAAUUCUCAAAGAUAUGGAAAAUUAUAAGGAAAUUAAUGAAUUGAAGGAUAUUCCACAAAUUAUUGAAGAAAAUGAGCAGCUUAAGAAUGAAAAUGUUGAGCUGAAGAGAAUGAUCGAAAAUCUAGAAGAGAAAAGUCGAAAGGAUAAGGAAGAAAAUCAAAUGCUAAUGAAGAAGUUAGAGGAAAUGGAGAAACGAACCAAAGAGCUUGAAAAAUAA